CACCAAACUAAAACCCACCGGUUUUGAAAGCAUGAUGAACAAGGAAAGUAUAAAAGCAGUAACAUGGGUGAUAACGCCUACUGUCACAAUCCCGUUGCUCUCGAAAAAAAUGUUCUCCAACCACGCUUCUACGGUGUCAUUACCUUCCACAUUAUUCCUCAACGCGACGUCGUUUCGUCCCGAACGCCAAUUGCCUUUUCUUUUUCUCCGCCGACCGCUCAAACCGCCGGCACUCCGAUCAGUUUUGCCGGUGAGUUUCAGCGCCUCUACACCACUCUUCGAUCUCAGAGGUGGCAAAGGAAUGAGUGGAUUCUGUGAUGUCGAACUGAAAGUGCGUGAUUAUGAGUUGGAUCAGUACGGUGUGGUCAACAAUGCAAUUUAUGCAAGUUAUUGCCAGCACGGUCGUCAUGAACUCUUGCAAAGCAUCGGUAUUAAUUGUGAUGCCGUGGCUCGCACUGGUGAUGCAUUGGCAUUGUCAGAACUGUCGCUCAAAUUCCUUGCACCUCUAAGAAGUGGAGACGAAUUUAUUGUAAGGGUUAGGAUUUCUGGGUCUUCGGCUGCUCGUUUAUACUUUGAACACUUCAUCUAUAAGCUGCCAAACCAAGAGCCUAUUUUGGAAGCUAAGGCCACCGCGGUUUGGCUUGACAAAAACUAUCGCCCUGUAAGAAUUCCAGCGGACAUGAAGUCUAAAUUGGUAAAGUUUAUUCGAGUUGAUGAUUCUUAAUUCGGAUACCAGAUGACUAUAGCUUAUUGGUUAAAAGAGCAUUCAACUAUUUAAGUGCUGGCCUUAUUAGCUUGUGAGUGGGAAGGAGCUAACGGUGCUCUGUAAUGGAUCCACCAAUGAAGUUUUAAACUGUAAGAAUAUUAAAUUCAUGAUGCUGAAAAAGAAGUGUUUUCAUUUUUCUUGUUUUUCUGAAUCUGUGUAAGCCUUGUAUGACUUAAUUGAAAGAGGGGGAAGGAAUUACAGGCUUGAAGCA